CUCCUGUUAUUAAUUCUUCCUGCCCUGAGUCCGUGUCUCGUGAGAGGCCAAACGACGAAUGCCACCUGUGUUUCCUCGUAUGGUUGGGCCAACAAUACUCUUGGACAGUCUCCUUGCUUGGUCGCGGCAUAUCUCCAGACUGCAUGCCUCAAUACAUCGUUCAUCGUUCCAGCACUGCCUGAGGGCACCCACUACACGGGUCCCAGCACUGCACAGGCCGAUCUGUGCAAAUGCAAUACCGUCACAUACUCACUCAUCAGUGCUUGUGCUGAUUGUCAAAAUCGCCAAUUCCUGAACUGGGGCAACUGGACGGCGAAUUGUGCAGUGGUUGCUAUAGGCUUAUUCCCAAAACCCGUUCCCGCUGGAACCGUCAUCCCGCAAUGGGCGUAUAUCACCAUCAACUCGGUACGGUUGCGCUUGACUUCUGAAAAAAUUGCGGAAGAAGGCUCGUCGACUGUUAGCUCAACAGCGUCAACUUCGCUCUCAACAGCUUCUACCCUGUCAUUGACUACUUCCUCGACACUGCCUAGCAAUGCUGCUGCAACAACAAGUACAUCUUCGAGCGGCUCCAACGCGGGAGCCAUCGCAGGAGGCGUGGUUGGCGGAAUUGUAUUUCUGAUGGGAACGUCACUUGUGAUGUUCUGGUUCUUCCUUCACCGUCGCCGGCAGGCACGUUCAGCUGCAAGA